AAAACUCAGGAAUCAUCUUUUCAUCCCAUAGCGAUAACAAUGGUCCGCGUAGCAAUCGCCGGCGGAGGCGGCAAGCUCGGCCGCACGAUCCUCGACGUCCUAUCCGAGCAAGACGAGCACGAAGCGUUCGUUCUCAGCAGAAAGGCAUCACAAGACCGCAAACACGGCGCUGCCGUUCUCCAAGUCGACUACACGGACAUCGAGUCCAUGACGCAGACCCUCGAAGAGAACCGUAUCGAUACCGUGAUAUGCACAAUCGGGUACCACGGUAACUCGCUCGAGGUCGCGCAGAUGAACCUCAUCCGCGCUGCGAUGGCGAGUCGGACGACGAGGCGGUUUGUACCGAGUACCUUUGCCAUCUCCUACCCGAGAGAAUCAGUAAAAGAACUUUCCACGCUGACCCACUACUUCGCGGCCAUCGACCUCCUCGAGUCGUCUGACCUGCAGUACACCGUCUUCCUGAACGGCUGUUUCUUAGACUACUGGGCGAUGCCGCACAUCAAGACGCACCUGUCUCCAGCGCCGUUUGCAGUCGAUGUGGCGAGUCGGACGGCUGCGAUUCCGGGGGACGGCGAGGCGAGGGUCACGUUUACGUAUAGCUACGACGUUGCGCGGUUUGUGGUGCGGUUGCUGGGCGAGGAGGAGUGGGAGCCGGUGAGUAAGGUCGCUGGCGAUGUGAAGACGUGGAAUGAGUUUGUGGGGAUUGCGGAGGGGGUUAUUGGUGAGAAGUUUAAGGUUACGUAUGACAGUGUUGAAGAGCUUAAGGAAGGGAGGAUGACGGAAUUGCCGAGUCAGGUGGAGUGUUAUGAGACGUUUCCUAAGCCGCAGUUUCAGUGGUUUAUGAGCAUCUUUUCGAGGUGGACGGCGGAUGAGAAUGUGGGCUUUGUGGAGGGGACUUUGAAUGAGAGAUUCCCGGACAUCCAAUGUUUGGAUGUUAGAAACAUGAUAGAAAAGUACUGGAAGAGUAAGUAGGCUCUAUGAGAUUCGAGGUAAAACUCAGUACUCGUGUCAUGCUUCUAGAUGCUUUAGCUCCGCCAACAGCAUGGAAGACCCAUUGAAAGAGGUUGAGAUCUUUCACAAGGGUCAUGUCCUUUUCGACAUAUACCUGCGCUACCUUUGUGAUAUAUUCUCUAAGCAGUAGUAUUUCUAUCUCUAGACCUACGCCUAUCUCCAAGUCUAAUCCUUAAGAAUCUGGCCCGAUCAGCCGUGCCGGAGCGAAGGACCGCAAUUAUGUUUGUUAGGCAACGAAACACUGUUCCUCUCCCUCCAACGAUGAUGGUGAUUAUGAUGGAUGAGAUUGGGU